AUGAAGCUAAAAACCUCCAUCUCCUUCAACCGGUCCUCUCCUCUGGACAUUCUCCGGGUUAUCAUUCUAAAAAUCCCAGUUCUUCCCCCAAAUCCAGAGAGGAGGGCGCUGCAGUGAGCCGCUCCAGCCGGUAGGGGGCAGUGCAGCAGGAGGUCAGGUCGCCAAGCGGGUGUUGCUAUAGGCGACGGCGUUGCCCAACUCCAAGAUGGCGGCGGCGCGGCCUCGUCCGCCCAUUGGGGAGUGGGCGGAAGCAUGCAGCAGGCGGCGACGUGGGGCUGGCGGCUUGCGCGGCUGGUCCGAACCUCGGUCCAAGGCACUGGUCCGGGAUCACUUCAAGGAUGCAUUCGAGACGGCAUCGGGAAGAAGCGGCUGUGGCCCGGUCCGGUGGGCGGGCUGCGAUGCUGGCGGCGCCCAUUGAGUUCCGGCCCAGAGUCCGGGUCGGAGUCCGGGUCCGCGGCAGCGCUGGGCCGGGUACAGGCCUCACACUACCAGCUGGUCUUCACUUGCAAGGUCUGUUGGACGAGGUCAACUAAAAGGAUCUCCAAGCUUGCCUAUCAUAAUGGCGUUGUGAUUGUGACCUGUCCCAGCUGCCAGAACCACCACGUCAUUGCUGAUAACUUGGGCUGGUUUUCAGACCUGGAGGGGAAGAAGAACAUUGAAGAAAUCCUGGCAGCUCGAGGGGAGAAGGUGAGGCGCAUGACUGGCCAGGAGAUUCUUGAAGUUGUUUCGGAGACUGAGGCUGGACCCCAAUCUGCUUCUCCCUCAGAGGGGGAGAGCACCUCCGAUUCUGCAGAUGCCACAAGAAAGGACCCAACCUGAUCCAGAGGAAGUGUUGGCUUUUUUCCGUUUUUGUGCUGAAAAAGAAAGGAAUCUUGGCUUGGGAUUGUCUUUGUUUUUAUAAACAAAAAUGAAUCAUCUUCAAAUUCCAGUGUCCAGUGUCCAUUUUGACAUGUCAUAAGCUGUUAGACUCAGCUCUUAGAACUCUGAGAAGGUUCUUAGGCCUUGGGCACCCUCCACACUGGCCUGUAUGGGCCACAGGGCACUCAGGUCACACAUCUCUGCCUUCUUCAUAGUAAUCAGAAUAAGGCUGGGAUGCAUUUGUGUAGUUCAGGAAAUAGCAUCUUGCCAAAGGUGGGGGAUGAGAGGGGAGGUGUUCUGGCCUGACCCCUUUUUAUUUCAGGCACCAGGAGGUUAGUGUGUCUAGUGGUCAAACAUCCAGAGGGAGCUGAGGUCCCAGCCUGAGUGAUUUUGUCUAAAACUUCUCUGUCCCCUUUUUUAUUUCCUGUACCCCUUGUUUCCAUGGGUUAAGGGCCUGAUUUGGGUUAACAAGGAUCCUCUUUCAUUGUUAUUAUUGAUGUGAAUAAAGUAGCCUUUAUUAAGUGC